AUGGCGACCCCCCCAGGUGCAAACAGUCUGAGAAUCCUAUCUAUUGAUGGAGGCGGCGUCAAAGGCUACACCGCACUGCUCAUACUGCAAAGAAUCUGUCGUGCCAUGAGGGUGGAGGCCGAGAAGGGGGGUAUCGAUCUCGCUGAUGAGCCCAAGCCUUGCGAGGUCUUUGAUCUUAUUGUGGGCACAUCGACUGGGGGUCUAAUCGCCGUCAUGCUUGGUAGGCUCCACAUGUCUGUUGACGAGUGCAUACGAAAAUACGAAGACCUGAGCUCGGAUAUCUUUGGGAAACGGCAGCUGGGUGGUCAGUUCGUAAGAUUUUUCAAAGGAUUGCUCAAAGUGCCAUUCUAUGACAUCGAUACUAUGCAAACAGCUAUCAAAUCAGUGUUGGAGCAGCAAAACAAGGAUGUUCAGGAAAAUUUCAAAGAGGAAGACCCAGUCUGUAAAACUAUUGUUUGCGUGACUCGGUCAAAAACAGCCGCGCAUGACGUUCUGCGGAAUUACGAAUCGAAACAUGCGGCGCACCAGAACUACAAAUGCACGAUUUGGGAAGCGGCAAGCGCCACGGCAGCAGCCCCCAUGUUCUUCGGAGCCGUCAAACUCGAGCCGGGUGGAGAAAUCUGGCGCGAUGGAGGAUUACGUCGCAACAAUCCUGUCAACGUAGCCAUCGAACAACUCGGACUCGAGGAUGAGUGGAGGGGUAAGCACAUCGGGUGUGUGCUCAGCCUUGGAACCGGCGCUCCCCUUAUCAAUGAAGUUUCCAAUAAUCUUGCGAAAUUCCUCAAAGGCUGCGUCGCCAUGAUGACCGACUCCGAGGACACCGCCGACGCAUUUGCUAGAUCUUCCCACGGUCAAAAACUAGCCAACUCUCAGCGGUACUUCCGUUUCAGUGUCGCCCAAGGUAUGGAGUAUUUGCAAAUGGAUGAGUUUAAAGAGACAGAGAAGAUGAAUGCUUUGACAACUCGUUACCUUAGCACGAUGAAAAACGGUGACGAAGUUCAGCGAUGUGCAAAAUCGUUGGUAUGGCCUGAUCAAAAUUGGCAGAAGAAGGUUGAAGAAAAGCCGUCGCUUCUGCCGUAUCGUCAUUGCCUUCACUUUGUCGACCGAGUGACGUACACAGCAGAGCUUCAUCGAUUUUUCGAUAAAAGUGUUGCCGGUCAACAGAAGUUCGUACUCUGGGGUCCUGGGGGUAUUGGGAAGACUCAAAUCGCCCUACAAUUUGCUCAGUCCAUGCGAUCAAGACUAUCGGUCUUUUGGGUCCGAGCUGACACUGUUGCCAAUUUCCUCAAUGACUUCCCCCGAAUAAUGGACCAGCUUGAGCCCUCAAAGACCCAUGUGAGCACGAGCCAAGAUCGUCCUCUCUUGGCACGAAACGUCACUGCUAGACUGGAAAGAGACCCAAGUUCGUGGCUUCUUGUACUGGACAAUGCCGACGAUUACAAUCUGUUUGUUGGGAAAACUGCGGCGGGAAAUGCGAUCAACAGCUACGUUCCUAAAGAAGGUCGAGUCCUCAUCACGACACGAGACCCUCGAUUCCGUGGUACGGUAGCUGCUGCCAAAGAUGGCUUGCAUGUCGAACCAAUGGACACAAGCGAAGCCAGUGAUCUGUUCACGAAAUCAAUUCCGCCCCAUCUUGCCAGCCAAAGCUCCUCAGCUAUGGUGGACGAACUGUUGGUAUUACUCGGCAACCUGCCGCUAGCUUUAGCUCAAGCUGCCGCCAACGUCACUGACCAGCAGCGUCCAGUGCAUGAGUACAUCGCUGCUUAUCGCGACAAACGAAACAGAAUAUCGCUAAUGGCGCAACCUGUGUUGGACGUGGAGACAGAGGGGUUUAGGACAAGUGGCCAAUCCAUACUAUUGACCUACGAAAUAUCGUUCGAAGACCUUGAACGCGACCACCAGUUAUCCGCUCGCUGUCUCAAUUACUUCGGAUUUUUCCAUUGGCAGAAGAUACCAGUAUCUCUCAUCCGCGCUCUGCCCGUACUCGCAGAACUUGACGACCAGUCUUUCCGUGACACGAUAAAGCAUCUUCUUCAUUUGUCUCUGAUAGAGGAAAUUUCGUAUCACGACGGCAGCGAGUACUCUGUUCACCCUAUCAUCCACGAGGGGAUCUCAAAUCGACUGUCUCCCGAAGACAAGAGGUCUUAUUUGAGCGACAGUGUCGCAGUCAUAUUGUCUAAACUUCGGAAAAUGCAUGAGUACCGCGAGUACUUAGCAUCGUGGCCAUACUUGCAAUCACACGCAUUGCUACAAGUCAACUUCGCCACAGAAAAUAAUCUGAAGAGUGAAGCUCUAGCUCUUCUAAAUUACCGCUGUGCUGUAUUCCUGAGGGUUUCCGGUAUGACGUUUGACAGCGUACAACUAGCUACACAAGCUGUCGCGAUAGCGCAAGACAUUUGCGGCCCUUACCAUUGGCUAACCAUCAAAGCCUGGGUCGAAAAAAUUAAAUGUCUAGUUGCGGAUAGUCACUUUCGAGAGGGAUAUAAUGAGUCGAAAUUUGCUAUGGAAAGAUUAGACUCUGCCAAGUUAAAUAAUGAAGCUAUGAGCGAUGAAGAAUAUCUGGAAUUACGCGCGAAAGUACUGCAAGUGAAGCGUAGCGCUUGCGCGGGCCUCGGUGAGUAUAAAGAAGGGGAAGAGACUGCAAAUGAGCUUAUCGUCUUGAGGCGUGGCUUACCAGAAGAUACUGAACUUAGUCUCGAAGACCGUUAUAGCCUUAGCGUUUUUCUUUUUGAGCAGGGAAAGUUUCAAGAAGCUCAGGAAAUGAACAACGAAUUGCUCAUUUCAAUGGAUGAGCAACAGCGAACGGCACACAAGACGGUUUUCUUGACUAUCUAUGCCCUAAAAGCAGGGAUUCUGAGCGGUAUGCGACGAGGAUCAGAGUUCGAGCCAGCUGUGAUCUUAGGCCAUGACGAAGAAAGAGACAUACUUCAAAUCCAUCGGGAUGUAUUCAAAGAACACUUGUCUAUACGCUUGAUUACAGACCGAUUUGUUUGGCUAAGUUGUAACAAUCUUCUGAGUGAGCUGAGCCAGAAAGGCGAGACGCCAGAAGCGGCGGAUAUCUUGAAGAGAAUAAUUACCGGAGCCGUUGAGUCAGGGUUCCGCUUCGAAGGCCAAAUGAUACAGGUAUUUGGCACGACUCUGCGCUACGGACUGGAUGUGAUAGAAUCGCUUCAUGGGACUGGAGAUGCUCGCCAAGAACCGCCAGGACUACCGAUCGCAAAUCUCUUUGUCCAGAUAAUAGAGCUGGCCGGCACUGCAAUGAGAAGGCACUGGCGUGGUUCCCGUCCAUUAUACGACUUUGCUCUCCUUUUUUCACGCCUUGGCGACUCGCACAGAGCAGAGGAGUUGCUCUGCGAAGCAUUGCAAGACAACAGGUUGGAGGAAGAUAAAUCGAUGGAAGGACCGAUUCACUACAACCUCAUGUUGGCGAUUGCACUACAGGGACGUCCAGACGAUGCGAGGCGCUAUAGGGAUACCCAUCUUGCUCUCAUUACCCCCGAAGAGUCUAAACGUGGCGACUUGGAGCAGCAAUUGCGGCUGGUUAGGGAAGCGAAAGAACUUUACGACAAGGCAAAAGGCAUACUGGCUGGUCGAAACAGCAAGGUGCCGGAAAGUUGGUGGACUGAGAACAGGGUAGCGCUGAACAGAGUUCAGCUUCGUUACGGUCUUCUGGUACCUGCGACGGCUGGAGAGGAUCGAGGUCCAUAUGGAGAUGCAUCGGAUACGGUACUGAAAAAGCAAAAGCGAAAACCUCGAGGGUUGGGGGGUAUCAUCGACAAGCUCCACAGAACUUCUCCUUCCAAUCCACAUGACUGA